AAUCAUCAGAGUGAAUUUAGGAGGGAAAAGAAAGAAAACAGGAAAAUAAAAGAGAACAAAAGAAAGCUUUAAAAACCAAAAAGUUAUAUAUAAAAGAUUCUCUGAUGCUUUGCUCCACCUUCUGUGGUAAGAGUUAUACAUAGAGAGGCCCUAACAAAAGAAAAGAAAGAAAGGACAGAAGACUAGGAUUUGCUGCCUAAUUCCUCUUAAUUAGUAUAAUUAAGAUUUAGAACAGGAGAGGAAAAGGAGGCAGAUUACCCGCCUUAACCAUUCAUUCGUUUCUCGUAAAUCACAUCUUAAUAUUUUAUAUACUCUUGCUUUUCUUUUGCCCUUUUUCCCAUAGGGAAGCCAAAACUAGUCAUUCAGUAUCCUCAAACCACAGCCACCCACCUCCCUUAUUAUUGUUAUUCUUGUCAUUAUUCUGUUUUAACUAUUCUUGUCCACUGAUCAAAUCCAAUUUCAAUUAAAAAAUUUUAAUAUAAUUUCUAAUACUUUUAGGGUUUUUUCAAUUUCUUUUAAAGAUUUUUUUGUCAACAUUGAUAAACACUGAUUCUUUUGUAGCUACACAGACGGUAGCAGAGGGAUAUUCGAGAUUUCCUACGUUUAUUCUAGUGUUUUCUUUUGACCAUUUUCGUCUCUCAUUCUUUUCUUUAAUGCAAUUAAUUUAUUGUUCUUUACCAUCAAUCGGGAUUUUUAUCUUGAUUUAGGGUUGAUUUUUAGUAGCUUCUUUUGUAUUUAAUUAUUUGGAGAUUUAGAUAAAUUACCAUCUUUUAGUUGGGUCCGUCUUUGUUUUUGUUUUUGCAUUGAUGGUGUAAUGAGAAAGAGAGAGAGCUAUUAGUUAUGUUAAAGAGGCAAAGCACCUUCCUUUUUAAUCGCCACAAAGCUUUGAUCAUGGCUCUUAUAACCCGUAAUGAUUCUUUCUGCAAGGGUUUCCAUAAUCUGCCACAACCCAUUACUUAUUCUUCAUCAAUUAUCCCUUUUUUUGGGAUCAAAACUAUUUCUUUUAACAAUGGUGGUAGCAGCAGCAGCAAUAGUAGUAGCGGUACUUUUGAUUUUAGGAUAAGAAGCUGCUCUGGUUCUCAAAAACCAUUGAAUGAUCAGAGGGCUCAUACAUUUGUUUCUCCGCACCAUCAAUUGGUACGUGAAUUUGAGACUCGAUUGGAAGAUAAUACUAGCAGCGGUAGUAUUAGCAUGACAAAUGCUAGAUAUAUUAAUGGUCAUGGGACUUGUCAAGGUGGAAAACCACUCGGCUUCCCUGACUAUCCUAUCACUGGAAAUAUUGUUGUUGCAGUUGAUGUUGAUGAGGUUCUUGGAAACUUCGUAUCAGCUUUGAACAGAUUUAUUGCUGAUCGUUACUCUUCCAAUCAUUCGGUAUCAGAGUACCAUGUCUAUGAGUUCUUCAAGAUAUGGAACUGUUCCCGAGAUGAAGCUGAUAUUCGUGUCCAUGAAUUUUUUAAGACGUCCUAUUUCAAGUCUGGGAUCUACCCAAUCCCAGGUGCUCAGAAGGUGCUUCAGAAGUUGUCAAGACUCUGUAAACUGUCUGUUGUGACGUCUCGGCAGAAUGUUAUCAAGGAUCACACUGUGGAAUGGAUAGAGAAGCACUAUCCGGGAGUGUUUCAAGAGAUUCAUUUUGGCAAUCACUUUGCCCUGGAUGGAGAGUCCAGACCUAAGUCAGAAAUUUGCAGGUCCUUAGGUGCAACUGUGCUGAUUGAUGACAACCCACGGUAUGCGAUCGAGUGUGCUGAAGUUGGAAUUAAGGUUCUACUCUUUGAUUAUGAGAACUCGUAUCCUUGGUGCAAGGCAGACUCAGUUGAUCAGCAUCCCUUGGUCACUAAAGUUUGUAACUGGGAACAAGUGGAGCAACAAUUAAUCUCAUGGAUUUCUUAGUUGUAAUGAUUCUGGGACAUGAAUUCAAGAGGUGUCAUCAGCUUGUCGAUAUAUCAUAGGCCAACAAAGUUAACCUUGUGAUAGAGUAGCUUUUGGGAACACAACCGCAAAAGAGAUCGGCCAAAUAAGGCAUAUGAGCAGCAGCUGAACUGUGAUAGUUAAUUGAUGAUCUUGUACAUCUUUCCUCUUUUGAGGCACAUAGAGAAGAGUUUAGGAUAGCAAAUUUGUCUGAUGUGAUUGAACAGAAUGGCUUUUCCCCAUUUUUUGGGAGAUUAUAUCAUGCCUUUGUUCUGGUUA